AUCAGAAAUGCUUUUAUUUUGAAAAGCCCCCAGGCUGCAUUUUGCAUUCCUUGAUGAGUCUUCAAAGACAGCCCGCCCCCUCAUUAGCGUGACAAAGACGUGUGUGUUUGGGACAUUCUCGUCACGUCCAACACGCACUAAUUCCAUUUGCAGACACUGAACUAAGCACACAGAUUGUCCCACUGUUGUUGCAGACAUUGAACUGAGCACGAUUGCCUCUGUCCCACUUGGACCGCUUGCAUAAUUGUGUUCAUCUUGUGGACAAUGGAUGCAUGUGACUGAUGACUUGUCGUAUGAAGACGUGAAAAAGUGUUACAGAGGAUCAACAGUGAAUAAGUACAACAGUCAAUACCACAAACUUUUUCAGACGGUCCCUAAAGAUGAGCUCUUAAUGAAAGUGUACUCGUGUGCGCUGCUGCGUGACAUCCUGCUUCAAGGACGCCUUUACAUUUCCAGAAACUGGUUGUGUUUCUACGCCCACCUCUUUGGAAAGGACAUCAAGGUGUGCAUUCCCGUGGUUUCGGUGCGACUGGUGAAAAAACACAAGACUGCCGGCCUGGUGCCAAAUGGCCUGGCUAUCACCAUGGAUACGGGCCAGAAGUACGUGUUUGUGUCGUUACUUUCCAGGGACAACGUGUACGACGUCCUCAGGAGGAUCUGCACUCACCUGCAGGUGAACGGGAAGAGUCUGAGUGUGAAAGAGUUCCUGGAGGAGCCCAGCUCCUUGUCCAUGGAUGAGUUUCCCGAAGUUGCGCCGUGGUCGAGGACGCCGUCACUUCCCACCGUCUCCUCGUCGCUUCCUGAUCUGCUUGGGGACUCCUCCUCCCCUAGCCACGCCCCCGACACGCCCUUCAUAGCGCACACUCUGACUGAAGAAGAGCAUCUGGAAGUUCUUCCACAGAUGUGUGACGAGGAGAAGCAGCUGCUCAAAGUGUUCAUCCUGCUCGUGGCGGUGUUGGUGUUGUCGUCGUCUUACCUCGCCUUCCGGGUGUGUCGUCUGGAGCAGCGCCUCAGCUUCCUCACGCACAGGUGUGGCGAGGUGCCCUGCUGGACGACCAAUCAGAGGCCUUGACAGGCCGAGCGCUUUCUCAAGAGUGGUUACCAUAGCAACCUCACCCUCGUGAGCGUAGAUGGACCUGAACAACGUUUAAUGUUAGCAAACACGCAAGCUUGUUUCACUUUAAAACAUAGAUCGCCGCGGUAACCACACCAUGUGACAGUCGGCGCACGACGAGAAGUGCUGGUACUCACCACAGGGAGGCGCCAGAUGUCAUUUGAGGAGUUGAGCCAGCCCAGUGAGAGGCGGCUGUAAUCUGAUUACAUUGCGGUUAAGCGCCAGGCAACUAAACCCACUUUGGGGGUCAAAGGUCAUGUGUUAACUGAUUAGUUGACCACAAACAUCGCGGGCAAGCUGGAGCCUACCCCAGCUAGACAGCCUGGAAUUACAGGACAUGUUAAAUGACACGCCCCCUUCCUGUCAAUCAAACAUUGUCACGCCCCCUCCUGAGCUGUCAAAUCAAUCAAUUGUG